UUUGCAUGCGUUUUUGUUUGUUGUGUGUGGCGCCCUAUGCGAACUGAAAGUCUGGGACACGCCGGGACGCCUCCAGCAACAAAAACCAUUUCGCCACAAGCUUUUUAGAAUUUCACGGGCUAAUGCAGGCCAAGACUGAAUGGGUUCUGCAGCUGUACUGGGUCCAGAAUUAUCCGUAAGGUGUAAGGAAACCUGACGGAAUAGAGAAGAAUCUUUCUGCAGAUUUCAUUUCUUUAAUGGCGCCAAGGGCAAAUGGACAGCGUGUCACCAGGUCGCGGUCACGAAGGCAGAAGGCCGUGACAAGCACAAUUUCUGGGGGAAUACAACAAAAUGUUCACACAGUUGAACAUUCUGUUCAACAGGACUCUGAUCAGCAGGACUUGCUAGAUAGUGCGGUUACCAAGAACACUCGGUCUAAUCGGCAGGGAAAGAAAGUGCAAAUGCCAGAAGGCAGUCCGAUCAAUAAAAGCAGAGAUACGGGAAUCACUCCACCAGCACGCUUUCAUCCCAGCCAAAGCACUAAGACAGAAAAAACCAACUUGGUGCCCCCCACAGAAAAGAGAAAGACUCGGAAAAAGCUUUCACCAGCGACUUCUGGUUCCAAGGCAGUCCAGAGUUCGAAUCAACUUGGCACCAGGAAGAAGCCUUCAUCUGAAAAGGAGGCUCUCGGGAGCAACACAUUUAUGGAAAGCAGGCAGGACGUUCAGACAAAUGCUUGUGCAUUGAAACGCCAGCAGAUAUUGGACAAUGUGCAAACGGACAGUCGGAAGUCUACACUUCAGGCAAGCCUAGGUGACGCAGAGACGAGCAAUUUGGUUUGUGAGAGAAACAGGGAGAGGAAAAGAACUGCACAAGCUUUUCCUCAUCAUGAGUCCUCUGAAGAGGGAGAGAGUGCUUCAGCUCAGCCUCCGACAGAGAGAAAGAAAUCUAAAGGUAAGCGGCCUUUAUCAAAGGCUUCUAAUGCUGAGGCAGUCCCAAGCUCAAGCAAAGCCAAAACCACCGUGGCACGAUCAAGUUCACAGGAAGAGCAGUCUCUUAGGGGUGUUGCCUCUAAGCAAGUUCGGCAGGAUGUUCAGACAAGUGGCCACGCCUCAAAAGAACAGCACACAUUGGAUAACUCUAACAGUCGCAGUCUCAGGUCCAAAAACCAAGCAUAUGGCAGAGCAAAUCCUCAGGCAGGCAGACCGGUUCCUGAAGGCGCAGGUGGAAUCUCAAGCCUCGGGGAUGCGGAGACUAGCAGACCAGUUUGUGAGUGGAAUGCCAAGAGGAAAAAAACUGUGCAAGCUCUUCGUCAUCAUGAGCCCUCCGAAAAGGGAGAGAGUACUUCAGCUCAGCCACCAACAGAGAAAAGGAAAUCUAAAAAAAAGUGGCCUUCAUCAGAGGCUUCUAAUGCUGAGGCAGUCCCAAGCUCAAGUAGAGCCAAAACCAUCCUGACGCGAUCAAGUUCACAGGAAGAGCAGUCUUUUUGGGGUGUUGCCUCUAAGCAAGUUCGGCAGGAUGUUCAGACAAGUGGCCACGCCUCAAAUGAACAGCACACAUUGGAUAACUCUAACAGUCGCAGUCUCAGGUCCAGAAACCAAGCAUAUGGCAGAACAAAUCCUCAGGCAGGCAGACCGGUUCCUGAAGGCGCAGGUGGAAUCUCAAGCCUCAGGGAUGCGGAGACUAGCAGACCAGUUUGUGAGUGGAAUGCCAAGAGGAAAAAAACUGUGCAAGCUCUUCGUCAUCAUGAGCCCUCCGAAAAGGGAGAGAGUACUUCAGCUCAGCCACCAACAGAGAAAAGGAAAUCUAAAAAAAAGUGGCCUUCAUCAGAGGCUUCUAAUGCUGAGGCAGUCCCAAGCUCAAGUAGAGCCAAAACCAUCCUGACGCGAUCAAGUUCACAGGAAGAGCAGUCUUUUUGGGGUGUUGCCUCUCAGCAAGUUCGGCAGGAUGUUCAGACAAGUGGCCAUGCCUCAAAUGAACAGCACACAUUGGAUAACUCUAACAGUCGCAGUCUCAGGUCCAGAAACCAAGCAUAUGGCAGAACAAAUCCUCAGGCAGGCAGACCGGUUCCUGAAGGCGCAGGUGGAAUCUCAAGCCUCAGGGAUGCGGAGACAAGCAGUCCAGUUUGUGAGAGGAACGCCAAGAGGAAAAAAACUGCGCAAGCUCUUCGUCAUCAUGAGCCUUCCGAAAAGGGAGAGAGUACUUCAGCUCAGCCACCAACAGAGAAAAGGAAAUCUAAACAAAAGCAGCCUUCAUCAGAGGCUUCUAAUGCUGAGGCAGUCCCUAGCUCAAGCAGAGCCAAAACCACCAUGAUGCGAUCAAGUUCACAAGAACAGCCUUUUAGGGUUGUUGCCUCUAAGCAAGUUCAGCAGGAUGUUAAGACAAGUGGCCACACUUCCAAUGAAGAGCACACAUCGAGUGGCUCUCUCAGUUUCACUCUGAGGUCCAGAAACCAAGCAGACGGCAGAGCAAAUCCUCGGGCAGGCAGAUCCAUUUCUGAAAGUGCAGCUGGAACCACAAGCCAGCCUCCUCAACCGCUCCGCCACAAGAUGGACUGGGAGAAGUUGCGUACUAGGCCUCGCCACCAUCCAAAACGGAAGUUUGGUCCCGAGCCAAUUUUUGUUCUUGAGGACACGGAAUCCUCCCAUCGCACCACGUCGCCAAGCUCAGGAGACGAGGUGGAUGCUUCCCUGCCCCUGUCUCCUAUCCCUGUUCGCACCUUGCCAGAAGGAGGCCAUGCUGGAAAGUUAGGUUUUCAUUGGUACGAGGCAACAUUUGGCGCGCUGCGUGAACAUGCUAAGGUAGCUGAACUUGAAAGAUCAGAUGAUGACAUCAAGCCCCUGCACUGGGUGUCGGAUACCGAGUGGCCAACCGAUGCUCAUCAAACAGAGGAUGACGAUUCAUCCGACGUGAGCAGUGACGAUGAUUUCGUUCUUCCUUGGGACAAAGACAGACUUGGGUUUAGCGGACAGUCCAGCCGAGACCAGGAACCAGGCCAAAAGACUGACAGUCUGGACCACUGGCAAAAAGACGCCCGAAGGAAGGUGCAGGCAUACCUUCGAGGCGUUCGAGUGACAAGGAGAGCCUGGGAAACCAUCUACCAGUGGCAAGACCACUUUCUGAAGAUUAUGGGAAAUUCCCUGGAAGCUAUGGCCCAACGUGUAGGCCACGACAGGAUUGAGGAAGAGGACGUGGUUUGGUACAUCCACAGAUACCUGGGCACUGCGGACCCGUAUAAGCUGUGGGCCCUGGCUGAUGAACUGCUGCCUGCCGAGCUGCGGCAGCGCCUCUACCCUGCUACUCCAUGCCUCCUGUCCUCCAAAAGCCCCAAGUGAUGAUGCCAUGUCAUUCAAGAAACUGGCAGAAGCCUGUGCCGGUGUUAAUCUUGGUGUCCUCGUGAAGUGCAAGGCACUGAGAAGUGUAAAAAGAGAUAUUGUAUCUAGUAUUCUCCAAUUGCCACGGCAUACUUUUACUACUGUCAAUUACACAACAAAUGCACUGACUACCCAGUGACAUGCAUUGUUUUUGUUGGUGCUAACAUCAUUUUAUUUAUCAAAUCAUGUAGAUUGUCAUGAUCACUCUGUUACUUUUAUCUUUUAGGUUCUCUUGCUGACAAGUGUGCAAUUUUAUUUUUAAUCACACAAAAUGAUUGUUUAGAACAAAGUACAUUAAUUGAAUAAAAUUGCUACCAUAUGACCUUUA